AUGCAUCCCACCUUGCUCCUUGUCUAUUUGUCAGGAGCGGCAACUGCCACUUCCAUUCUCAGCUCGGGCAACAAUUCCAUCAAUUAUUUUGAAUCGCUUCCCAGCUUGAGCAUCGGGGCAGAUUGUGCUUGCAACAAGUUAUCAGCGCAGUUCGGGAACCUCCUCUUGGGCAGCAAUUCGACCGGCUACACCACCCAAGCUGAAGACUUCUACGACAUCCGUGCAGUACUUGAGCCGAGAUGCAUCUUCAUGCCAACAGACGCAGAUCAGAUCGCCUCAGGAGUCUCCAUCCUCGCAUCCUGCGGCGCGCAAUUUGCCAUCCGAGCGGGAGGUCACAUGAACUCCCCAGGAUCCAAUGACAUCGACGGCGGUGUUUUGCUUGCUCUCAACAGCUUGACUGAUAUUGAGAUAAGUCCCGAUAAUUCGACCGUUAGCGUUAGCCCAGGUAACCGCUGGGUUGAUGUAUACGAAGCCCUUGCGCCAUACAGACUUUACAGUAUUGGAGGUCGCAUGAAGACGAUAGGAGUUUCCGGACUUUCACUCAUCGGGGGUUUCCAUUAUCUGACCAACAAGUAUGGCUUCGCGAUGGACAACGUUUUCGGCCAUAAGACUAUGAAGGCCGACGCAGACCAGCUCUACCGUAUUUACGAGGUCUGGAAAGCGGCUGUUGAGGACAUCAGUGACGUUGAGGGUCUCAUCCCCACUCUUGUUCUGAACACGAUGGCGCCAAGCGCUAUGAGCGUAGCCAAGAACAAUGGCAUCGGCAAUGUUUGGGGCUUGGAUGAUGACGAGGCCUUGAUAAGUGAGUCAGGAAAAAAGCUGCUUGAUCGAACCUCGCUAAUCUCAUGCGACGCAGUUUGGCAAACAUCCACCGCGUGGGACAAGGAGGAGAGUGACCUACGCGUCACGAACUUUGCCCGUGGAGUACUGGACGAUAUGCAUGCGGAGAACCAGGCGAAGGGCCUUGCGUCGGAAUCAUAUACAUGGAAUCCAUUUCUUGGAUUCCCAGCGAGGAACGUUGACAGGAUGAGGACGGUGAGAGCGGCUUAUGAUCCUUUGGAUGUCUUCACCAGACAGAACUGGGGCGGCUUCAAGCUUCCCAGACCAUGA